CAUGAUGUUACUUCAAGAAAAGAUAUCGUUGAACAAAGUUGUGCAUUCGUGAGAUAAUCAAAAACAAAUAAAGGGAAAAAAAUGAGAUUCGUAAUUGGAUUAGUUGUGUUGAUGUUGGCAGUGAUUGCUUCAUGUGUUCCAUUACCACAAAGAGGUUUCGGUGGUGGUGGACGACGUGGCGGGGGUGGAUUUAGAGGUGGCCAAGGAUUCAGAGGGGGUCCAGGAUUUGGCGGGGGUGGAUUUGGCAGAGGCCCAGGAUUUGGCGGGGGUGGAUUUGGAGGCUCAUCUGCUAAUGCCGGAUCGCAAUCAUUCAAUUCAGGUGGAUUUGGUGGAGGUUUCGGGGGAUCUGCUGCAAAUGCUGGAUCUCAAUCGUUUAAUGCGGGACGUGGUGGUGGAUUGAGUGCUAGUUCGGCAAAUGCUGCAGCACAAUCAUUUAAUGCAGGACGUGGUGGCGGUUUGAGUGCUAGUUCGGCAAAUGCUGCUAGUCAAAGUUUUAAUGCUGGACGUGGAGGCAUCUCUGGCUCAUCAUCAAAUGCCGCAUCCCAAAGCUUUAAUUUCGGCAAAUAAUAUAUAACGUCACAUCUCAUUAAUUAUUGUUAUUUCCAUCUGCCAACACAUCCACAAACAAGGAUGGAAAAUGACCUUCAAAAUACUUUAUCAUUGCUACAUUUAUAAUCAGCUAAGCUUAACUCAUUUAAAAGCAUUUAAUAAAUUAAGAGAUAAUAUUAAAAACAUUAACUUUUAUUCUUUCGGUUUCAGGGACUUCAUGAAUUAUUUCAAGCUUGAAGUUUUUACAAUCUUCAUUGCUUUCUGAAAAUUUUUCUUUCUUAAACUUUUCAUUAAGUUACAAGUUGAAAUGCAAAAGGAGAAAAGUUUAUCAAGUGCUAUCUGAAGGGGUUUUACCACCUUUAUUUUCUCUCUAUGCUAGAAUCUUAAGUGCAUCUUUAACUUGUUGAAGUUUCCUUAAGAAAAAAUAUUUCACGCAAUUUUAUCGUGAUUAAAAACUUUUAGCUACUUGAGGAUCUUUGUAAUCCGAUUACAUUGUAAAGUCUCGUGGGUUUCACUUAAUGCUGUUACAGAAAACUAUUUGGUAUCGGUAGAACAAACAUAAAAAGCAUC